GGCAGUCGUCGGACUUCCAGCUGGUGGGAGUUGGCGUCGCAGUGCUGGGCUCUGGGGUUCGCGUUUGUGUAGUUUGGAAAGUCGGUCUGCGGCGUCGUCCCUACCGGUCUGAUCCCGGGUUUCUUCUGAUCAGUCCCACGGCGUGGGGCCUCGCGAAGGAAUCCCCGGCCCCUUUGGGCCACGGCCGUAGAGGUGCCUUCAGAGAUUUUCUUAUAGUCACAUCUUAAAGCCUCCAAGAUGGUACUAGCAGACCUUGGAAGAAAAAUAACAUCAGCAUUACGCUCAUUGAGCAAUGCCACCAUUAUCAAUGAAGAGGUAUUAAAUGCUAUGCUAAAAGAAGUAUGCACAGCAUUAUUGGAAGCAGAUGUUAAUAUUAAACUAGUGAAGCAACUCAGAGAAAAUGUAAAGUCUGCUAUUGAUCUUGAAGAGAUGGCAUCUGGUCUUAACAAAAGAAAAAUGAUUCAGCAUGCUGUAUUUAAAGAACUUGUGAAGCUUGUAGACCCUGGAGUUAAAGCAUGGACACCUACUAAAGGAAAACAGAAUGUGAUAAUGUUUGUUGGAUUGCAAGGGAGUGGUAAAACUACCACAUGUUCAAAGUUAGCUUAUUAUUACCAGAGGAAAGGUUGGAAGACCUGUUUGAUAUGUGCAGACACAUUCAGAGCAGGGGCUUUUGACCAACUAAAACAGAAUGCUACCAAAGCAAGAAUUCCAUUCUAUGGAAGCUAUACAGAAAUGGAUCCUGUUAUCAUUGCCUCUGAAGGAGUGGAAAAAUUCAAAAAUGAAAAUUUUGAAAUUAUUAUUGUUGAUACAAGUGGCCGUCAUAAACAAGAAGACUCGUUGUUUGAAGAAAUGCUUCAAGUUGCUAAUGCUAUACAACCUGAUAACAUUGUUUAUGUGAUGGAUGCCUCCAUUGGGCAGGCCUGUGAAGCCCAGGCUAAGGCUUUUAAAGAUAAAGUAGAUGUAGCCUCAGUUAUAGUGACGAAGCUUGAUGGCCACGCAAAAGGAGGUGGUGCACUCAGUGCAGUUGCUGCCACAAAAAGUCCGAUUAUUUUCAUUGGUACAGGGGAACAUAUAGAUGACUUUGAACCUUUUAAAACACAGCCUUUCAUCAGCAAACUUCUUGGUAUGGGUGACAUUGAAGGACUGAUAGAUAAAGUCAACGAGUUGAAGUUGGAUGACAAUGAAGCACUUAUAGAGAAGUUGAAACAUGGUCAAUUUACGUUGCGAGACAUGUAUGAACAAUUUCAAAAUAUUAUGAAAAUGGGCCCCUUCAGUCAAAUCUUGGGGAUGAUCCCUGGUUUUGGAACAGAUUUUAUGAGCAAAGGAAAUGAACAGGAGUCAAUGGCAAGGCUAAAGAAAUUAAUGACGAUAAUGGAUAGUAUGAAUGAUCAAGAACUUGACAGUACAGAUGGUGCCAAGGUUUUUAGUAAGCAACCAGGAAGAAUCCAGAGAGUAGCAAGAGGAUCAGGUGUGUCAACGAGAGACGUUCAAGAGCUUUUGACACAAUAUACCAAAUUUGCACAAAUGGUAAAAAAGAUGGGAGGUAUCAAAGGACUUUUCAAAGGUGGUGACAUGUCUAAGAAUGUAAGCCAGUCACAGAUGGCAAAAUUGAAUCAACAAAUGGCCAAAAUGAUGGAUCCAAGAGUUCUUCAUCACAUGGGCGGUAUGGCAGGACUUCAGUCAAUGAUGAGGCAAUUUCAACAGGGUGCUGCUGGCAAUAUGAAAGGCAUGAUGGGAUUCAAUAAUAUGUAAAGAAGAUGCCUUAAUAUAAACUGACUCAGCCGAUUACAUUAUUUGCUGAAACCUCAGAGUUUCCUCUUUUUGCAAAUGGGGGAAAAAGUAUUUUUCUUGCCUGUCUUGCCCUUUU